AUGGAGAUAUGGAAAGCAAAAGGAGAAUGUAAUAUGUUAAACAUACAGUCAGAUAAAGGAUUCAGUUCUGUUGAUGCAGUGAUUGAGUCUCUUCUUAAAGAUGCACAUGCAGGCGAACAACCUCUUCAAUCAGAUGUAGAGUCUAAUGGUGGAGAGUCAGAUAAAGGAUCCAGUUCUGUUGAUGCAGUGAUUGUGUCUCUUCUUGAAGAUGCACAUGCAGGUGACCACCCUCAUCAGUCAGACGUAGAGUUUAAUGAUGGAGAGUCAGAGUCUGAUAUGGAUGAUUCUGAUAAAACUUGGAUUGAUUCAGAUAGUGAUCCUGAUGAGUAAAAGCGAUUCUGAUAACGCAUCACAAUAAAUUACUGCCGUAUCGUGGAAGUCAGCCACCGAAGUGGGUCCAGAACAUUGUACAAAAAUAAAAGAAAAUUUAGUUAGGUGCCU